GUUGUGAGAUGGGGCUCAAAGAGGAAAAAGUCUAGGGGGGAAGGAGUGGGGCAAAGUGUAAUUUGGGGAACCAAGCAGGGGCCUGGAGCUAUCUCCAUCUUCAGCUCCAGAGUCCUUGGUUUCUGUCUGAGAACAAAAGGCACAGCAUCCCUGCCAGGAUCAAGAACCAAAGGCAGAAAUGACCUCCAAGCAGCAGAGAAGCACAUCCACAGAAGGGACAAUGAGAUCACAGGAAAGACAGGUAACCAUCACUGAAACCCUGUGGGACCAGGUGCUGACAGUUUUUAAGGAUAUACAAAAGGAGCUGCAGGAAGAUGCUCAGAUUCGAGGGAUGAGCAACUGCUCCGUGACACCCAUGACAUCAGCACCCAGGACUGGAAGCGUAAGGCCUCCAGAUUCCUCCAUGACCCCAAAGUUGAGAAGAUUGCAGUUCAACUCUGGAGAGAAGCCAUCAGGAGGCUGUGUCCACAACCUGAAGACACAGCUCUUCAGUCAAUCACCUUACUACCCUGGACCCUAACUCUAUAACCAAGGAAGAAGGACAUCUCUGCUUCAGCCAGCACAGCUUCAGUUGCCUGAAAAGGGGAAGAUAUUAGCAGAUAUCAUCACUGAACCCAAAAGAGAGGGUGGUGCCCAUGAGUGGAGAUGCCAGGGCCUAUGGCUGAAACUGGGAACUUGGAAAUCAAGGGAGACCCAAGCACAUUCCAACUGCCAAAGCAAGGAAACCAGCAAACAAGCAGCUGAUGAAAUAAAUGUGACAUCAAAGACUUGCCCUCCUGGUUCUUCCUGGGCUGUGGAAUGGGUAGUGAUAGAAUUUCCAAGUAUGAUAGUGCAUUUGGUUCAAAGAACCGCACUGUAGCAUGGGAGAACCUGCACUAUUAUGUCAUAAACUCAA